AUGAGCAGCCACCCUCCAGUCAGCCGCUGCCAACUGAUCCAGAACACAGCUGUGUGCGACCACCGUCAGCUCUCCUCAGUCCCUCAGGACCUGCCCCAAAACACAGAAGAGCUCCAACUCAACUACAAUCACAUCACAACACUAAUGGAUGGUUCGCUGAACCACUAUCCCUCACUCAAGACACUUAGCUUGGCCUGCAACCAGCUCCAGACAAUACAACCAACGGCCUUUCAACACUUACCUGUGUUAACCAGCCUAAAUCUGGCGAAUAAUGAUCUUUAUAAUGGUUAUGAAGACGCCUCUGCAGCAUUAAAGUACUUACAGAGUCUUAAAGCUCUGGAUCUUUCUGAGAACAAACUGAAUGAAGAGAACGUCAUGGUCCUACUUGAAAAUCUAACAACAGUGGAAUAUCUCAAUCUGUCUGGAAACCUCAUGCAGCGUUUGGAUGAAAACAUAUUCCGGUAUCUUCACCAUCUGAAAGAGCUGGACCUGCAACAAAAUAUUUUAUUUGAGAUUGACAAUGCUUUUCACAGCAACCACAAGCUCCAAAGGCUUGACUUGGCCUUCAACUAUCUCCCAUGCCUGACGGACUUCCACAUGAGCCAGUUGAAGGUAACUCUCUGUCCAAAGUCCCCUAUUCGCUUCUUCAAAUCGGGCUUAGAACUCUUGAUUUGA